AUGCUCCAAAUCUUCGCUUUCUCGCUACCUUUUUUCCUUUUCCUUAUUGCCGUCCCGGCUUUUUCUCCUCCAUUUUCCUAUGCCAAUGUUAGCCAGUCAUUGAAAGCGCAAGUAGACGGCGUUCCGCGGCAGGAGCUGUGGUGCGUGGCGAAGAACAACGCCGAGGACACGGCGUUGCAGGCGGCGCUGGACUGGGCCUGUGGAAACGGGGGAGCUGAUUGCGGCCCAAUACAACAAGGAGGACCCUGCUAUGAUCCUUCCAGUGUACAGAACACGGCGUCUUAUGCUUUCAACGACUACUUCCUUAAACACGGCUUGUCCGAUGAGAGUUGCAACUUCAAUAACAACGCAGCCAUUACUUCCUUGAACCCUAGUCAUGAUAGUUGCAAAUUCCCAUCCAGUUUGACGGUGAGCAAUGGAAGCAUUUCGGGCACAACUUCUUCAUCUAUGGGACAGGGACCAAGUGAAGCUAUAAGUGGCUGUAGUGAGGUUUUCUGGGGAAGUGAAAGGUCUUUUGAUGUAAACGAAGGAACUGCAGAGUUUUUCCUUCUUCCCGUCACAUAG